CAUCUGCAUCUGGUUCACAUACAGGCCUUUCCUGUUCCCAUUCAUGUUGAAGAGGUCAAAGAUAUUGUUAGUGUAGCGAAAUACAUACUUGUUGUGGAGAAAGAAUCAGUUUUUCAACGAUUGGCAAAUGACCAGUUCUGCAACACAAACCACUGCAUCGUUAUCACUGGACGUGGAUAUCCUGAUAUUUCCACAAGAAGGUUUUUGGGGCUUCUUGUUGAUACUUUGCAUCUCCCUACCUAUUGCUUGGUAGACUGUGAUCCGUACGGUUUUGACAUCCUGUCCACAUAUCGGUUUGGUUCUAUGCAAAUGGCCUAUGAUGCAAAAUUUCUACGGGUCCCUGAGAUACUCUGGCUUGGAGGCUUCCCUUUGGACUCGGAGAAGUACCUACUUCCACAACAGUGUCUCCUUCCCUUGACAGCACAAGACAAGAGGAAAACAGAAGCCAUGUUACGUAGAUGCUACUUACAAAGAGAAGUGCCAAGGUGGAGAUUGGAACUACAAUUGAUGCUGGAAAGAGGAGUGAAAUUUGAGUUAGAAGCAUUGUCUGUGCAUGAACUUAACUUUUUGUCGGCGGUGUACAUACCAUCUAAAAUUCAAGGUGGAGUCUACAUCUAA